GAUGGGAGAGCGGCGGAGGAACCCGGAAGAGGAAAUGCUGACGCUCAGACGGCUGCCGGAAAUUGAAAGGACGAGUCUGUUGUGGAGGUAGUUGACGAACUGAUUGCCGUACGGCGACGUCUCUUCUGUUUCGUGUCGUUCGUCGUGGGUGGCUCGCCAUGGUGUGCGAGAAGUGUGAAAGAAAACUUGGUACUGUAAUUACACCUGAUACAUGGAAGGACGGUGCAAGGAACACCACAGAAAGUGGUGGGAGAAAGCUUAAUGAAAACAAGGCACUGACAUCAAAGAAGGCAAGGUUUGAUCCUUAUGGUAAAAACAAAUUUGCGAUAUGCCGAAUUUGUAAAAGUUCAGUUCAUCAGCCAGGCUCCCACUACUGCCAGGGAUGUGCCUACAAAAAAGGCAUCUGCGCAAUGUGUGGGAAGAAAGUGUUGGACACGAAAAACUACAAGCAAACAUCAGUUUAAUUACAUACUAUGAGCUUUUUAUUUACUAGCUUUGACUUUAAAAACAGUUGUUGAACAUUACCAACGUUGGGAAAAUUACAAAAGAUGAAAGACUCCUUCCAGAAUUUGCAUGGACUUUUAGUUGCGUUGUAUUAGCUCUGAUUUUAAACCUGGAUAAAUGGUCUAAUUCAUGCUCAUAUUACUAUAAGAGACUCUGGUGUACUGGUAACUUGAUAUGGUUACAAUCGCCAUUUGGAUUUUUGAUCUAGUGAUAUAAAGAGUGAUCUGCUAAUGGCACUUAAUGGUAUAAAUAUAAAAAUGUUAAAUUUCGGCUCAUUAGUGUUCUUUGUUUUGAACUUUCAAAAUCUGAGGAAAAACUCAAAAGACAGCAAAUGAACUUUUUUGUUCAUCCCACAGUUACUCUGCUACAUCAGGGAUUAGAAGUUGCAUUGGAGGAUGCUGAGUCUACCAGCAGAGGGACUGAUGACAUAAAAUUGGCAUAAAAUGAUUUUUUAAAUCCAAGUUUAUAUGUAACUGUAUAAAAUAAUGCACAGCUUGCGACACACCAAGCUUGCUGUCAGGAGUUCUGGAAGCUUCCUGGUUAUGUGGCAUGCCUACAACUGCAUAAAAAUGUUAUUGAGAAACUGGCAGGUUAUAAUGCUUGGUUGGUGGGCUCCACUCAGUUAUGUGAGUCCCACAUUCUCACGACCUGGUGUAUAAUAAAUGCACUAUUAAUGUUGUCAGGAUUAUUAUUUCUAAUCUGGUUUUUGGGGGGUGAAACUUGAAUGAAUAAACCUAGCAUAAAUUAGCCUUUAGCCUUGUGAUGAAAAUCUGGAGUUGAGGCAUUGUUUGUACAUAUAAGAGAAAUUGUAAAUAAAGUGUUUCCACUUUCUUGUGUUAAAA